GCAUAAAUCGUGCUGGCACAUGUGAACACUGAACUGCCGUGACGUUGAAGUCUUUGAUAAAUUGCCUACCUGUUAGGUUUGUGUAGACUCGAUGGGGAGGGAAACGAAUAGGUGGUGAGGAAGGGUGGUACCUUCAAAAGGGUAGGGGAGAAAUUAAUCAUUGAUCGUUAAAUAUUUACUCGCAUCAACAAGCUCAAUGUUUUUCAAAAUUGCGAGGCACAUUGUUUAAAAUUGUGACCUAACGCUUUGAAGGAGAGGUGCGGGCAAACCAAAGCGCAACAGACAGAGCGCACAAACAGAUUGAGAACUGCAGUACAGAGAGUGGUUGUGGAACUGGAUUCUUUAACAUUAGGAUAAACUGAACGGAACAGACAUGAAUCCAGCAGUUGAAGUAAUGGCAUUUCUUCUUGGUUUUCUUGGCUGGAUAUUGGUCGGGGUGGCUCUGCCAAAUCGGUACUGGAAGGUCUCCUCUGUGGACGGCAAUGUUAUUACCACCUCAACUAUUUACGAGAACCUAUGGAUGUCCUGCGCAACGGACUCUACGGGAGUCCACAAUUGCCGUGAUUUUCAGUCAUUGCUUGCCCUUUCUGGUUACAUCCAGGCAUCCCGUGCGCUCAUGAUUGCCUCAAUUGUGAUGGGAUUUUUUGGUAUCAUCGCAACCCUGGUGGGUAUGCAGUGUUCAAAAGUAGGAGGAGAAAACUAUGUGCUGAAAGGACGGGUCGCUGGAAUCGGUGGAAUUUUCUUCUUACUGCAAGGUCUGUGCACAAUGAUCUCAGUUUCUUGGUAUGCUUUCAACAUCACUCAAGAGUUCUUUGAUCCACUAUAUCCAGGAACAAAGUAUGAAAUUGGAGAGGGUCUCUACAUUGGCUGGUGCUCGGCCACCCUUGCUAUCUGUGGUGGCUCUUGUCUUAUGUGUUCCUGUAAACUGGAGUCCACUGACGAGAAAGUGCCAUACCCAUACCAGCCUCCCACUCAAAUAACUGCUUAUUCUGGGCCAGUGAUUUCCCAGGGGCCGCCAAGCCAAUAUGGCAGAAAUCAAUAUGUGUGAGAGGUGCAGCAGUGUGACGAUGUAAAUUGCCAUGACAACACGCAAACGACAGAUAAACAAACAGCAAAUAAACACCAAAGUUUUAUCUUCUUCAUCAUAAACUCAUAAACUUUCAGUUUUGUUGACUUUGUUUGUAAAAAAUACCCAUGCUGGCUGUGGACGGCAACUAUGCAAGAGAUACAUUUAAUUAGUUGUUUUAUUUUGCUUUACAUAGUUGACAUAACUAAUUCCUUUAGAGCAGGCUGGAAUUCAUUUAUUAACCUUUCUGAAAAUAUAGUCAAAUUGAGAUGCUGGUAAAAGUGGUUUCUGUGGGAGAGAGUUACUCCCUCUGGCGUGU